CGAUAGGCGCGCCAGUCCACCUUAAAUAGUUUUGUUUCUCUAGGAUGUGACGCUUUUGAUAGAUUGGGCGAGAGGGAGAGAAAGAGAGAGAGCCGCCCCGCCCUGUUUGUGAAAGGGGACGGCAAAAGCUCGCUGAAUCGUGGCGUUUUGUUGUGUCGGAUAGGCUGGUCCGCUCUCGCCUGUCAAACGCCUGAACAUCCUCCGAUCACGGCUGAUGUUUCGCCACCCUCAGUGAAACUGUAGCGCUAUUUAAUACGCCCAUCGCGCCACUGUCACAGUGUUGCACAGGGAAACUGUCAAAAUUGGGGGGCGGACUUGCACGAUAACACUUUACUUUUAAAACUGACAUUUCAGAUACUGCGUGAACUUAAACAUGUCUGAAAAUAUUAAAUUUGUCAGCCCUUUUCACCGACCUCGUGCCUUGGCAGCAGCCGCUCCCGCUGGUAAAGCCAAACUAACGCACCCUGGCAAGGCGAUUUUGGCAGGUGGUAUUGCUGGUGGGAUAGAGAUCUGCAUCACCUUCCCCACAGAGUAUGUGAAGACUCAACUGCAGCUGGAUGAGAAGGCCAACCCACCACGCUACAGAGGAAUCGUGGACUGUGUGAAGCAGACAACGGGGAGCCAUGGGGUGAUGGGGCUCUACAGAGGACUGAGCUCCCUGGUCUAUGGAUCUAUACCCAAAUCAGCUGUUAGAUUCGGUGUGUUUGAGCUCCUCAGUAAUCAGAUGCGUGAUGAGUCGGGGAGACUGGACAGUGGGCGGGGCCUAAUGUGUGGUCUGGGUGCAGGGGUCAUGGAGGCGGUGCUGAUCGUCUGCCCCAUGGAGACCGUCAAGGUUAAAUUCAUCCAUGAUCAGUCAUCAGCCAACCCUAAGUACCGCGGUUUCUUCCACGGCGUGCGGGAGAUCGUCAGGACCCAGGGUAUCCGAGGGACAUACCAGGGUCUCACGGCAACCGUCCUCAAGCAGGGCUCCAAUCAGGCCAUAAGGUUCUUCGUCAUGACAUCACUCAAGAACUGGUACAAAGGUGACAACCCAAACAAAUCCAUGAACCCCAUGCUAACAGGCACGUUUGGGGCGAUUGCCGGGGCCGCCAGUGUGUUUGGGAACACACCAUUGGACGUGAUCAAGACCAGGAUGCAGGGUCUACAGGCCCAUAAAUAUAAAACCACCCUGGACUGUGCCAUGCAGAUUAUGAGACAAGAGGGACCCAUGGCCUUCUAUAAGGGCACAGUUCCUCGGCUGGGUCGAGUGUGUCUGGACGUGGCCAUAGUCUUCAUAAUCUACGAGGAGGUGGUCAAGGCCCUGAACAAAGUGUGGAAGACUGAGUGAGAAAAGAGAGAGAAAGAGAGGAGGAGAGGGAGGAGAAGAGGGUAGAAGAGGUUAAUCAUCCUGGCAAGUUCUAGAGGAUGGAGUGUUUGUCAUCGCUGUGCAAAAUUAUUCUAGAAAAUUCACUGCCUCAACAAUGGAGGAAUGUCAGUGCUGUUGGCAUGGAAACCAACUGGCAGCACCAUACCAUGAAUCACAUGACUCAUAUGACCCCUCCUCAUUGGUGCAUUACCAGGGAGGCAUUUGCAUAUAUGUAUGUCCAUUGGUCCAUCUUCUUCGACAUGUAAACACAUCUCUUAGUGCCUAUUGGUCCCUCCUCUAUGUUGUGUAUUUUAAAGAUGAGUGUUUUGGUCCUGAUGGAGUUGCUAUGGUGAUGUGUGAUCUGUGUAGCUUGUGUCAGUUUGCCAAAUGUCUGUACAUGUUUGUUUUACUUUUAGAGGACCAACGCUAAUGAUCUUGAGUCAGUGUGAAAGUCUAAAAACGCACAGAAAAACAUAUCAGCAGUUUCCACAGGCCUCUUCAGAGGUGAUGGGGAAAACUGGUAGAGAUCACAUAACAGAGAGAACAUAUAUUUAGUUAUUUAUUUGUGAUUCACAAAUAGCAGAAAUACAUAUAAUUACUUCUUUUUACAUUAUGUAACUCAACCUUUAACUUUAACUAAGUAUUUAAAGUAUUUAUCUGCUUGUCAGUCCUCAAGGUAAAGACCAAGUACUUUGCUGCAUAUGAGAUACCCAGCAACAAGAACAAAUACAAACCCAAAUACCUUAUGCUGUGUGAGGUGGUGAGUGUGUGUAUGUUUGUGGUUGUGUGUAUGUGUGUGUGUGUGUGUGUGUGAGAGAGUGCAGGGUAUCUCAUUUCACUAGGUUAUUUCCUUUCAGAGUAUUUGGCCCUUGUCUGGGCUACUGAAGGGGCAGGGUAUUGGGGUAGGCGUGCCAAAGGCCUUAGGGGCCAGGAGAGAAACACUUGGGAUCCUUCUACGUGUACUGGGGCCUUGGUUGUCAUUGACGCCUUUGUUUACUUUUUUUAUGGGAUAUCAAAAUAAAAAUAAAGAACUUUUAGUUUUUAAACUACAUUUUGUAUAUAUUUUCUUUAAUCCCUUACAUUUUCCACAUGUGCCUGAUUUAAUUUAAUACUUAAUUUAUCUUCAUCUAUAUGAAUCUGCAAUUGUACCAUGUGGGUGGCAAUAGUGUGUGUGUGUGUGUGUGUGUGUGUGUGUGUGUGUGU